AUGAGAUUCCUCACAUUUGCUGCGUUGGUUUCAUUCGGCGUCCAGGUGGUAGUGGGGGCGACCACCACCACCACCUCGGCUGCAGCGUCCACGGAGACACCUCCCUUAUGCGGUCUGAAAUGCAUCCAACAAGAAACACUGCAGUCGACUUGCUCACUCACAAAUGCUACCUGUAUCUGUACCAACGUUGAGUUGAAUGCGAAGAUCUCGCUCUGCGUGCAUGAGAACUGUACGGUACGAGAGGCACUGCUUGUGCAAAGUUACUCAAAACACACAUGUAAUGCGCCAUCAAGAGACCGAACGAAAGAAGUAUGGGUCAUUGGUGUCGUGUUCCUCGUACUCGGGCUUUUGGGUUUCGGUUUGAGAGUGAUGGCCAGACUAUGCCUCGGUGCCCAGACAUGGGGACCUGAUGACUGGGUCAUGUUGAUUGCUGUGGGCAUGAUGAUACCCCUCAACGCAUUGUCCAUUCCCAUUUCACAAGUCGCUCUUGGAAAAGACAUGUGGAAUGUCAGUCCUGAUGACGUCACGAAGUUCCUCUACCUGUUUUACUGGGACGAGUUGCUUUACCUGGGAGCAUUGCCAGUCACCAAGAUCUCGAUCUUGCUAUUCUAUCUCAAGAUCUUUCCCCGCAGGGAGAUCAGAAUUGCGACAUACGUUAUGAUCGGUCUCAAUGUGGCGUACUUUAUUGUCUUCGAGCUGAUUUCGAUCUUCCAAUGCCGGCCUAUCGAUGGCGCGUGGAAGGCAUGGGACGGAGAGUACCAGGCCAAGUGCAACAACAUCAACAUCCAGGGAUGGGCAGCGGCAGUCUUCAACAUCCUCCUUGAUCUCGGCACCAUGAUCCUUCCUCUGGGCGAACUUUACAAGCUCUCCAUGUCGAUGAAGAAGAAAAUCCAGAUCAUGCUCAUGUUCAGCGUUGGCUUCUUUGUCACCAUUGUCAGUGUUGUCAGACUCCAAUCUCUGGCCAGCUAUGCCACCACCAGCAACGUCACCCAGGAUUAUGUGGAGGUCGGGUACUGGAGUACCAUCGAGGUCCCAGUCGGCAUCAUCUGCGCAUGCAUGCCCGCCAUUCGCUCGUUGUUCAGUCUGGUCUUCCCCAAGGUGUUCGGUACUACGCAGCAAAAGUCCAACUACGCCAAUCUCUCGGGUUCAAACCAGAAGCCUCUGUCAAGUUCGAACAAACUUUCUUCGAAAGCCUCCUCUCUCAAGGCGAUCCGAGUCAAGAAGGAGUUCACCAUCAGGUCAAAACGUGGAGACGACGCGUCAUUCAUCGAGCUCAACCACACGCCAUUCACGAACGAACACUCAUCAUCACGCCCAUCAUCUGACAGAAAGUUGGCCACACCACAUGAAUCUGUGUAG